AUGCGCCUGCUCACGCACAAUGUUCUCCGAUCACCGAUGAAGGGAGUGGUGGAGGGCUACCCCUUACGCAUCGAGGCGACCGACGUACAGAUGGUGGAAUCAGAGGUCAAAGAAGAGUUCGUCAAGCACAUGGCGACCACUUUGGACUGGGGGGCGCUCUGCAAAGCGGCAGCCGAGGUUGGCAUGCCCGAGGGGUCUCUCCCACCAGCGUUAACGCCGGAGCUUCUGGAAGACUCUUCUUUCUUGGAGGCUUUGCAUCGCGUCUUGAUGGACAUGCACGUCGUGGAGGGCACUCUCGUCUGUCCCGAGACCGGACGAAGGUUUCCCAUCGCUGAAGGCGUUCCGAACCUCAUGUGCACGGAGGACGAGGUGCGAUGA